UCUUCUUCUUUUCUGGUUUUUCCUCUCCUCUUCCAUUAUAAGUCCAAAUCCUUGAAGCCAUCAACCUCAUAGCCACUCUAUGAUGUUUAUUCUUCUUCUUCUAAUCAAAAUUUUGCCGCUGGCUGUUCCUCCUUUCCUUGUCCAUGAUUUGACUAUUCAGUGGGUGCCUCUUUGCUGUUUUGGAAAAUUAUGGUUUUUGUGUCGCACGAAUUCUUAGCUUUGAUCUUGUGUCUGAAGUGGACAUUUUAGACUGAUAGAAAUUCAGGUGCUAAAAUCAAAGAUACAGGAAAACCGAGGGGAGUGAUGAGUUAGAAGGUUAGCCAUUUUUAUUUGAAUUUAGAUUAUUUUAUAAUUAGGUUUGAAAGCUAAAUUUUAUUUUGAUAUUUUUGCAACAUUGUUCCAUGGAUUGUUAGUUAUGAAUUUAGCAAGUUCCAAGCCUUGUGCAUUUGUUGGAUUCUCUCAUAAGUGUAUAACGUCUGUUUUGCUUUCAGUUUUGAGGUGUGACAAAUAUAUAUAUGCAAACUUA